CAAGAUCGCCCCCCAGUUGGGUCGCAACAUGCCAGGCGAAUGGGUUUUCCUCACCAUCUUCCUGGUCCCGAUGGCCUCCGGGGGCACCACGGCUCCAUCGCUCGCCGCCAGUCCGGUGGUGUUUGCCCGGAACUUCUUUCGGGCCAUCACCGAGGAGCCAGGGCUACAGGCUAAUGUGCUGGUCUCCCCGGCCGCCGCCCGCAGUGCCAUGACCUUGGUGUUCAUGGGCGCCGCCGGCAAGAGUGCCGAGGAGUUGCGCAGCAACCUGAUCCUGGGAGUGGCCAAAAAACCAGAGAUAGCCAAACAACAUGCCGAGUUCUGGAGCAAGGAGUGCACCUGUGCCGAGAAGGGGGUAGCCCUGCGCCUGGUCACCCGUCUGUACGUGGGCGAAGAGGAGGCCCUUCGUCCCGAUUUCAACACCACCGCCAUGGAGUUCUUCAAUGCCCAGGCCGAUGCUGUGGAUCUGGCACAUCCCGAGGCCGCCGUCAACAAGGUAAACAAGUGGUUGGAGAGGCAGACCUUUUACACGGUCAAGAAUCUGCUCAAGCCGGCUUCCUUGAGCCCGACGACCAGUGUGGUCCUGGUCAACUCCCUGUUCUUCCGGGCCAAGUGGACCAAAACGUUCCCCUUGGAGAACACUUCUACCGAGGACUUUUGGAUAAAUCUCCGCCAGCGUAUGGAGGUGCCCAUGAUGCGACAAGUCGGACACUUUCGCUACGGCGAGUCCAAGAGACUCAAGGCCCAGAUCCUACAGCUGCCCUUUGAAGACUCCAAUCUAACCAUGAUGAUCAUCCUGCCGAAAGAAAUCGAUGGUCUGGCGGAAAUGGAAGAGAAACUGGGAGAACUGGAUAUGAACGAGGUGGCGGCCAGAAGCAAGAUGCAGGACGUGGAAGUUUCGUUUCCCAAAUUUAGGAUAGAAGGAGAAAUGGAUCUCAAGGUUCCCCUGAAGAAGAUGGGAAUUUCGAGAGUUUUUUCGCCUGACGAAGCGGAUCUGAGUGGCCUGUUUGCCAACCAAAAGCCACAAAGUAUCUCUGAGGCUAGACACAAACUGUAUCUGCUGGUGAAUGAAGCUGGCUGUGAAACGGCCCCGGAACCAGAUACCCAUAUUCCCAAGGUGAAAAACAAUCCCGAUCGCAAAAUCUUCAGAGCCGAUCGUCCAUUUGUCUUUGCGAUUCGCAACUUCAAGGCCGUGUACAUGGUGGGCCAUUUCAUGAAGCCCUAAUUGAAGUGGGAUUUUUAUGGUGAUGGCCCAGAGCCAGUCGCGCCAGCAGAAGGCAAUAUCCCAAUGAACAUCAAAUUAUUGCCAAACAAAUGUACACAAUGGCCAGAAAAUAAAAAAAAAAACCAGAACAGCCGGCACAGGCAAACGAGA